AGGUUUCCGACGUCACGCGUAUUUACCUAACAGGUGAUUACAACACAAACGUCCCGGACUCAUCAGAAAAUGACACAUAUUCUCGUCUUAAAACUUUUUAAAUAUGCCUUCGCCGCUGUUGCACUGUCACUGCAGGGCUCGUCUUCGCUGGAGAGGACCUCCAGGGAGCUCCCAGUCUUACCUCCCUCAGACCCGCCCACCAUGCCCAACACGAGGACUCCCUCCUGGGGCGCUGAGCUGCUCUGGAGGCUGGAGAGAGCCAGACACUACCAGUGUCCACAUGAGUCAGCCACAGUGGACAUGCUGAAGUUCCCUCUGGCGAGCACAGGCGAGAAUUUUGGAGUGGUGCGUACGUUUGUCCCGUUCUCCAACCGGGAGCUGGAGAGAGAGCGCGUCCGAGCCGUGGAGCGACCCAGGGCGACGGUGUCUGUAUGGGUGUACCUGCUGAGGGGGUGUCUCUUGAAGCUGUGUGGCAUCAUCCAUCAUGUUGACAGCAACAACACAUACCAGUCCCCUCUUAUCCAGCUCUCCAACACAGGGAACAUAGUGGUCCAGGUCCGAUUGGCUCGGGGAGAAGACAAGGCCUUCAGCUCCCACACAGCUCUGCCUCUCAGAACCUGGACUAGACUGGACUUCCACAUCCAAGACUCCAAGGUGACUGUGGAAGUUACAGCAGUGUCCACAGCAGGGGAAUUAAAAAGUCACACACACGUUUAUGAUUUCAACAGUAGCAUCCAUUAUAAUGACACCAGUGGAUACUUUGUGAUUGGAGGAAGCAUGUAUAUCCCUGGUAUCACAGGCUACUUUGGACCAAUCAAAUACUACCGUAUUGGGAUUGACAAGGUGGUCAACCCUCUGUGUCAGACAUCGCUGGCUCUGGACCGCGCACACAGGAAGUGCGAGGACACCAGGGGAUUCACCACUGCUCUCCUCCACCAUCUGACAGGCGACAUGUUCAUGACGGCUUCCUGCCCCUUUUACUUUGUUGGAUUGUGGAACCAGUUUGGACGGAAGGUCUGUUUACAGAGCUGGGAGUGGGAAACACAGAAGCAACACAGAGACUUCAUGAGAUUCCUCAUCUCUCAUCACAACAACCUGCUUACAGGGUCCUGGACAAGGAGUCUGGGCAGGAAGCUGUUUGAGCAUGUAGUGAGCCAGCUGUCUGCUAGGUGGCGCUCUCACCCAGACACCCCCUCCUCCCUGUUGACGCUCCUCCAGGUGUCCUCCUGCUCAGGCCACCACCAGGCCUCCCUCCUCCUGGCCGCCCUGCACCUGUCUGGGCUGGGUGGGGCCGGGCACCCCCUGCAGGCCCAGGUGUUAGGCCUGAUAGGGGCUUCAGGAGACGAGCGUCUGUGUCUCAUGCACCUGGGUUACAAGCAUAGCCAGGGCCUGGACGGCUUCCCCAGGGACCUGGGCGUGGCCUGCUCCUACUACUCCAACGCCGGGGCUCAGACCGUACUGGACCAGGGCAGGGCUCUGGACACAGAGCAAUACAUCACUGAGCAUGUGCAUCUGAGCGUCCAGGAAGAGAUUGACAGGCUGACCCACCAAUCAGGAGACCCCUUCCAGUUUCUCCAGUUCCAAGCUGAGAGGGGAGAUGUGGAAUCUCAGAAAUUCUUGGCCAAGAUUUUAUUUGGACGAAACGGUGCCACAAAGGACGUAGCGAGAGCCAUGCACUGGUACCGGAGGAUCGCCCUGGAAAUGAAGGACCCCUCGUCCAUGUAUGACUACUCUGUCCUGCUGCUCAAGGGACAAGGAGUGAUAAGGAACAAAACUCUGGGUCUUCAACUGAUGGAGAAAGCCGCUGCCAUGGGGUCUGCUGAGGCGCUGAACGGGCUGGGCUGGUACCACGGGGCGGUGCUGAAGAACCACAGCUCUGCCUCUCGCUACUUCCAGCAGGCGGCGCACAGCGGGAGUGCCAACGCCAUGCACAACCUGGGCAUCUAUCACCUGAGCGGCCAGCUCCCAGGCAGCCCACAAAGGAACCAGACGGCGGCGUUCCUCCUCUUCCUGAACGCUUCGGCGUUCGGCCACGUGGAGGCGGCGGUCCAAGCAGCGUGGUACCUGUCCACCGGACACCUGCCCGGCGUGUCCAGGGACGAGGAGAGGGCCGUGAUCAUGCUGAAGAGGGGCUGUGAGCAGAACGGCUUUCUGGGAUAUGUAGUCCAAGCAGCGCUCCAGGCCUACCUACAGGGCUCCAUGGCUGAGGCUCUGGUGAAAUAUGUUCUCGCUGCUGAAACUGGUUUGGGCGUAGCUCAAAACAAUGCUGCUUACCUGUGUGAGCUGUACCCCCCCUCUGUGCAGGGGCUGGGAGAUAACUAUGACUGCCAGUGGAGGUACCACAACUACUCCACCCUGAACCACAACCCCCACCCAUCUGGCCUGCUGAAGAUGGGAGACUUGGUCUACCAUGGUGGGCCCGGGGUUGUGAGUCCUGACGUGGUCCAGGCCAUAUCUCUGUACACCAGGGCCGGCUUGGCAGGCAGCUCCCAGGGGUUUUAUAAUCUGGCUGUGGUGGUGCUGGAGGGUCAUGCUGUUCCAGCCCAGCUCCAGAGGCAGCUGAACGUGUCUCAGCAGGAUGACCAGGAGGCUGUGGUGGUGAAGCUGCUGCUAAGAUGUGUGCAGGAGGAGGAGGAGGUGCUGCCCUGCUCCCUGCUCCUGCUGGCUCUCCAGAUGGGACGAGCCUGGAGAUCGCUGACUCAGGACCCCAUCCAGCUCUCACUAGCUUAUGCGUCUGGAGUCUCAGCCAUCAUCGCUCUGAUUGGAGGCCUCAUGCAAACUGUUGUUGAUCGACUUCCCAGCAACCAAAACACUAGUGACCUCACAAUGGCAGAGAGGGCGGGGACAACACCUGUCAGUCAAACUGCGGCCAAUGGGAACGGGACACAAGAUGACACGGUCAGGAGAGAAGUCGGAAGUUCCGGAAGGUUCCGCCGGGCUGGGAUUCUAAGGAGGCGUGGCCGAAGGUUCCAACAGACCAUAGACUGGGCGGUCAGCAUGUCAGGGGUUUGUCUGAUCACCCUGGCAACGCUGCUGCUUUAUCAGCACCUGUGACAGAGCUGCUGGACACACAGGAAACGCCUCAGGCAGGAAGUGACCACCUCAGACAGGAAGGAAACACCUCAGACAGGAAGGGAACACCUCAGACAGGAAGUGACCACCUCA